AUUACAUUUGGAAUAAUAUAGAAAUACAUUUUUAUACAUUUAUAUUAUGCUAUUGUCUUUAUGAUGAAAAGCUUCUUUGUUAGUAAUAACAGAUAUUGCAAGUCGGACAGCUUUUUUAAUGUCAUCUUUCACUAACGAAUACAUUCAAAUUACAUAUUCACUAAUUUUGUAUCAAAAUCGAUUGGUUGGUAAGGAGACCUGGUGAGGAGAUCUUGUGAGGAGACCUUAAUUAAGGAAGUUAAUACAUUUGAAAAAACACAAAAGUAUUCAACAAUACAAUCGACAAAACAUAUUGGAUAUGCGUUUAACAAUUAGUCAUACUCUGAUGUUUUGAAUUAUUUGUCUAAUAAAUGCUUUUCAAUGUGUUCAAUGCAGUAAUUAUAUAAUAUUAUAAAGUUUUUUUGUUUUGUUUUUUUGGCAAAACAACACUUUGAAGACAACGUGACAUUUAAUGACUGAAAUUUAUUACAUUAAAAUAAACAACAACAAAAAAACUAAUACCACUUAUUAUAUAUAAUGAUUAAUUCAUAUUUUGCAGAAGAAACUCUGUUUUUAACCGAACCCAGUGAAAAUAUUAGUUCAUUUAAUGUUUCAUUGCAAGCUAGCAGCGUAAUCUUUAACAAAGACGAACAAGAUUCAAAAAAAAAAAUUCUUAGCACAUCGGAAAACGCAGAAAAUAUUAGAAACGCAAACGAGGAAUAUUCAAGUACCGCAAACACCAACAUUUCAUCUAACCAUGACCUUAUACUUUCUUUAUAUCAAGAUCAAAACUGCACUUCAUCAAAUCAUGAUCAGAAUGAUUCAGUAUCAAAUUCGUUUUGUUAUAUAGAAAACAAAGACAAUGCUGGGCAUCAAGACUACAAUUGCGAUAAAACACAUCAAGAAAACAAAGACAUUACUCGGCUUCAAGAUUGUGACUUCAAUGAAAUGUAUCCAGAAAAUAUUGAAAAUUCACAGCUUCAGGACUGCAAUGAAAUACAUAUGAAUACAUUUGGCAUUAAUUUUGAUUGUGAUAACUUACCAUUAUCUAAAGAGGUUAAUGCUACUUCUUGUUUCGUUAAAACAAACGACGAUGAACAAAAACCAACCGCUGAAGACCACUUACCGUCUUAUGAAAAAUUAGUUACAUUAACUGAAUUAAAAAGUUCCACUGAAAAAUUACGGAGAAAACAAUUGCCAACAUACUUAAGUUUAUCUAGAGAGUUUCUCUAUGAUGAACCUCCCAAAUAUGAGUUGGUUACUGGAAAGCAGCUAAAUAGUCAACUAGAUUUAGCACCAGUGCCGCCAGCUCCGACAAGUGUAUCUUCUUCCCGACAAAUUCAGAAAAGAUGGAGAAAGUACUACAUCUCGAUUAUCACAAUCAUUAUUCUUGUAAUUAUUUUUAUAACAUUUUUAACUUGUACAUUUGGCAAUUGCCAAUAACGAUUAUUUUUCUCUUUAUAAAAAAAGAAAAAACAAAAAUAAAAUUUUCAUAAUGGGAAUAAAAAUGUUAAAGUAUUUUGACAACUUUUGACCUGAGAAAAACAAGAGAAAAACAAUAACGCGAGACCAACAAAUCGUUUGAAGAUUUUAUGUUAUAAGUAUAUAUGUUGUUUAGGUUUAACUAGUUUUUAAAAAAAUUCAAUUUACUACAUUUCUUACAAAUCAUUUAAUUAUUUAUUAGAAA